CCCCGCACCUCCGCCCCACGCGAGGCAGGCGGCCCGGGGCGGGCGCAGGCCCCGGGACCGGCGGGCGCGCCCCUCCCUCCGCGCGGGCUCCGGUUUCCUGGCUGGCACUGCGCGUCCCGUGCUACCUGUUGGGGCGAACCAAACCCAACCCUGGGGCCGGCGAGCGGCCGGGGCCGGGGCAGCAGGCCCGAGCGCCCGCGGAGGAGCGGGCAGGCGCGGCGCCCGGGCGGCCCGCGGACUCUGCAGCCUCUUCGCCGGUAGCCAGAUUGCUUUUUUCCGGCCCGGCAUUCGGUCACCAGCCGGGAGAGUCACUGAGGGAUGAGGACGCCACAGCCCGGUGGAACGCACUUUCUGCUCUCGUGGCCCCGAGCGCGCAGCGCCCAGGAGCCGGGCAGAGCCUGACGCCCUGUCGUCAACCCUCGCGCACGGGGCUCUGCGGGUGACCGGACCGGCCAGCUCCCUGCUGCAUGGAACGGCUGCAGAAGCAACCACUUACCUCCCCUGGGAGCGUCAGCUCCUCCCGAGGCUCCAGUGUUCCUGGCUCUCCCUCCAGCAUCGUGGCCAAGAUGGACAAUCAGGUGCUGGGCUACAAGGACUUGGCUGCCAUCCCCAAGGACAAGGCCAUCCUGGACAUCGAGCGGCCUGACCUCAUGAUCUACGAGCCCCACUUUACCUAUUCUCUCCUGGAACAUGUGGAGCUUCCCAGAAGCCGGGAGCGCUCACUGUCACCCAAAUCCACAUCCCCCCCACCAUCCCCAGAGGUGUGGGCAGAGAGCCGGUCCCCUGGAACCAUCUCUCAGGUUUCAGCCCCAAGAGCCACUGGGACCCCACGGACCAGCCUACCCCAUUUCCACCAUCCUGAGACAACCCGCCCAGAUUCCAACAUCUACAAGAAGCCACCUAUCUACAAGCAGAGAGAGUCCAUGGGAGGGAGCCCUCAGAGCAAGCACCUCAUCGAGGACCUCAUCAUCGAGUCCUCCAAGUUCCCUGCAGCCCAGCCGCCUGACCCCAACCAGCCAGCCAAGAUUGAAACCGACUAUUGGCCAUGCCCCCCGUCGCUGGCCGUCGUGGAGACAGAAUGGAGGAAGCGGAAGGCAUCGAGGAGGGGCGCAGAGGAAGAGGAAGAGGAGGAAGAUGACGACUCUGGGGAAGAGAUGAAGGCUCUCAGGGAGCGUCAGAGAGAGGAACUCAGUAAGGUUACUUCCAACUUGGGAAAGAUGAUCUUGAAAGAAGAGAUGGAAAAGUCAUUGCCUAUCCGGAGGAAAACUCGCUCUCUGCCUGACCGGACACCCUUUCAUACCUCCCUGCAUGCAGGAACAUCAAAGUCAUCUUCUCUCCCCGCCUAUGGCAGGACCACUCUGAGCCGGCUACAGUCCACAGACUUCAGCCCCUCUGGGAGUGAGACUGGAAGCCCAGGCCUGCAGAACGGAGAGGGCCAGAGGGGGAGGAUGGACCGGGGGAACUCCCUGCCCUGUGUGCUGGAGCAGAAGAUCUAUCCCUACGAAAUGCUGGUGGUGACCAAUAAGGGGAGAACCAAACUGCCUCCAGGUGUGGAUCGAAUGAGGCUUGAGAGGCAUCUGUCUGCGGAGGACUUCUCAAGAGUAUUUUCCAUGUCUCCUGAAGAGUUUAGCAAGCUGGCCCUGUGGAAGAGGAAUGAACUCAAGAAAAAGGCCUCUCUCUUCUGACCACCCCUCCCACUCCUUGACUGACCCUGUCCCCUGCUGCUUCAGGGCUCUGGAGCUGGGGUCACUAGACCCCAAAGCAUCAUCCCUUGGGGGAGCAGGGAGGUGGGGUGGAGGUAGGGUUGGCUCCAUUCCCCAGGUGAGGAGGAACCAAGACCUCUGCAGUGCUGGGGUUGUAGGACAUGAACUUGCUUCCCCAUAAUGAGCUAGGGGGGGCCUCCUUCCCUCAUCCCUGGUCCUCACUGCACAGGGCAAACCCAGUCUGGACUCCAGCACACACAGAGUUAAUGUUUGCACCCUCUCCCCACCCCAACCCCACAUGAAGGUCCCCACAAGAGAGUGAGGAGAAACGAGGCAGCAUUAGUGGUCAGGCAUGUUGGCUGUCUUGACCAAAUGGGUGGGUAGGACCCUCGGACCUGCUAGGAGGCAGGUGAGGGUGGGAAGCAGCCAGGCAGGCAGGGAGAGCCCCAGGAUGCUGUGUGCACCCAAGCACGCCUCCUCACCUCACCUUGGACAGCUUCCCCUACACCUGGGCCUCUGGCUUCUCUGACUCUUAGCAGGAGCAGGCUUGAACUCAGCCUCUAACAAGGAGGCCACCCUGCCCUCCAGCUCACCUUGUCCUCUCCUUGUGACCCCUAAGCUUCAGAGCCUCUUGCUCCAGCCCUGUGGCUUCCCCAGAAGCCUUGGCUUAGAGUGGAGAUGUUGCAGAACCUCAGCCCGCCGUCAGCCUGCAGGCAAAGUCCGCUAGAGUUCUAGCACCCAGGUCCCGGGCAGAACCCAGGCCUUCAGGCUCCUUGGAUGGGAUCAAGAGGCCAGGCUGAGUGUCCUGGCUAGCAGGUCCCGUCCAUUCCCACGCAUCCCCCACCACGCUGUCUAAAGAAUGUAAUUUAUUGGGGCACCCCCCCAGCUGCUUUCUCUCCUAACUCUCUGCCCUACUUUAAUCACACUCCCAGCUUUUCUUCUCUACAGAAACAUAUGUGUAUAUAAUUAUAUAUAUAUUUUUGCCUGGGGCUGGGUUUGGUACCUGCCCAGACUCUGGCAUCCCUUUCCACUGUGUGUGUGUGUGAUAAUGCUGUGGGAGGGGGACUCUGCUUGGAAUUAAAAGGUUGCACUGGGCCCCCAAA